CAUUAGUCCCGCCCACUGCAUGAGUGACUGAGGGGAAGGGCCGCCCGGUGUGUGCAGGAAUGGCCGGGGGUUAUGUGGACUGUCACUGCCAUAUGACAGCCGAUGAGUUCGCACAGGAUACAGCGGAUAUACUGGAAAGAUCAAGAAAGGCAGGAGUCCAGGCUCUUGUAUCGGUGACAGAACACGCUGGAGAGCUGGAAAGUCUUCUGCGUCUUUCAGAGAGGUACCCCAAUUAUGUUAUGCCGUGUUUUGGCGUGCAUCCUAUCCAGAGUAAAGCAGAAGGGUAUCGCAGUGUGACACUGCAGGACCUGGAACCUGCUCUUGAAAAGUUUGAAAAGUACAAAGACCACCUCGUCGGCAUUGGAGAAAUUGGGUUGGACUUCACGCCCUGGCUCACUCCCACCGCCAAAGAGAGAGAAGAGCAGCUGAAGGUUUUUCAGAUGCAACUCGACAUUGCAAAACAAUUGGACUUACCCGUAAAUGUCCAUUCUCGUUCAGCUGGAAGACAGACGAUGGCUUUUCUUAAGGAACAAGGUGCUCAGAAGGUUUUACUGCACAAUUUCGCCGGUCGCCCCUCAGUUGCUUUGGAGGGAGCACAGGCCGGAUAUUUCUUCUCCUUUCCGCCAGCAGUCGCAAAUAACGAUCAGAGAGAAAAGUUGAUAAGACAGAUCCCACUAGAGAACAUCUGCUUGGAGACCGAUUCCCCGGCGCUCGGACCUGACAGACAGGAAAGGAAUAUCCCGGCCAAUAUCUUCAUCCCUUGUGAAUACAUUGCUCGUGUGAAGGGCCUUUCAUCGGAGAAAGUCUGCGAGGUGACAGCACAUAAUGCUUUCCGGCUAUUUCCAAAGAUUCGUCACAGGCUGAAUAAUGAGAGUAUUGACAGCCCGUCCUUAGGAUAGCUCAUAAACCUCAGGUCCCUGCCAGUCAGCUCCAUGAAGGGGCCACGGUCCGCGUCCCUGUCAUUGUUUACCAAGCACAGCGCCACACUUUUGAUAGUGGUUCUGCCUGGAAUAGCAUCUCAAUACGAAAGAUGCAGAUGGGACUG